AACCCUAAAAAAAACAGAUAAUCGUAUCGUGACGUGAGAUAUAUACGAUUGACGAUUUUACGCCAUUACAGAAGAGGUAGUUCGUUUGCGUUACUUCACGUACAAAUCGCACUUUAAAGAAAUUUUAAAUAUUUUUCAAAUGGAGUAUGAUAAAGUAAAAUUUAUAAGACUCGUUAAAGCUAAUGAUUGUCUGUACAACAAAAGUAACAAGUACUUUAAGUAUGUGUCUAAGAAAAAAGUUAUUUGGGAAAAUAUAGGUCGUGAGCUAGGGAUUGAUGGAGAAGAGUGUGUCCGCCGUUGGACAAAUAUACGUGACCGAUUUUCAAGAGAAAGCAGGCGGAUGACUUCUCUCGUUAAUAAUGGAUUGACAACAGAACGAAUUUGGCAUUUGUAUGACGAAAUGGAAUUCCUAAGACCACAUAUUAUUCCAAGAAGUGUUGGGCAGAGCUUAUCCUUUUCGCUUAAGCCACUAGAACUACAAACAAAACAUGAAGAAGAAGAUGAUAGUUGUUUUGAACAAGAGGAACCCACAUGCGAUUACGAAUGUUCCACCGAGCCAUUCCAGUUUAAAGAUUCGACAUCAGUUCUGGAUGAUCAGGAAAUGAAGGCCGAAGAAGUAGAUGAUUAUUUCACACAUGACACCCAAUACAUAGAAUUAUCACCAAAGCUGGAGAAUAGAAUUAAUCUAAAUGAGUCGAUAGAAAUCCAAACCAUUCCCUCAACCACUGCAAAUCAAUCGGGAAUAAAUAAGAGAAAACGACCCAAGGAAUCUAGCGUCGAACAGGGUAUAAUUUCUGCAUUGCAUAAUUUCAAAGAAGCACUUAGUGAAACAGGAACGCAGCAUCAAAAUCCUGCAGUCCAAGGAUUUGGCCAAAUGAUUGUAGAAUCCAUCUGCAUGAUGAGUGAACGAAAGCAGGCAUUAGCUAUGCAAAAAGUAACCGAAUUAGUAAUGAACAUAAAAAUGCAACCGGACACUGAGUAAAGGUGAUGAAUGAAGACAGCUGAAAGGUAAAGGAAUGCUGAUAAUUAGGAAUUUAUAGGAUUUGGAGCAGUAUGUUUAAAUGUAUAACAUUUAGUACGUUAACGAGCGACCGACUGCUGUGACAACAUAUUCAUGUAUCAUUUAUGUAGAUAUGUACAUAUGUGCACACCUUACAAUAAUAUUGACUAGGAAGUAAUGUUAUUUAAUUCACAAGUUCAAAUUGUAUUUAAGUUGAUGACUUAAAAGAUAUUAAAAUCAAAAUGGAUUGAUAA